CAAUAGAUGCCUGGGCUGAGGUCCCAUUAGCAAAGAGGAUCGGAUCGAAUGCCCGAAUGUGGACGUGUUCUAUGCAGAGAUGCAGGAAAGCAGUUCAAUCUCGAUUUCCUGCACCUCUCCGCAAACACGACUUCUGCUGCGGCGGCGAAGGCGAAGAAGAAGGCGAAGAAGAAGGAGAAGAAGAAGAAGAAGAAGAAGAAGAAGAAGAAGGAAGGAGAAGAACAAGAAGCACCGCGAUCCCAUCCGGCCGCCAUGGCAGCAGCUGCUGGGAUUGUUUCCUCAAAUUGCGCUGGAACGGCAUCGCGAUCGGGAUCGGAAUCAAGUCGUCGGCUUUCGCAUAGGAGAGACGAACAGAGGCGAGGUCCCGACAUGGUGUCAUCCAUGGACCUUGUUCCACGACGUCCUCGUCUUUCCUCUCAUUCUCCUCCUCCUCCUCCUCCUCCUCUUCUUCCUCUUCUCUCUCUUCUCUCUCUUCUUCUUCUCCUUAGCUAUGCCCUGCAGGGACACGCAGCCGCAUCGAACUCUCUUGAAAUUGCCGGGCCGCAGAAGGGAUGGAUUGAAAGAGCAGUACGGCAAGUCGGCAGGGGCUUGGAACGAAGAGCAGAGAGAGAGAGAGAGAGGGAGGGCGAGGGAGAUGGAGACGGAGAGGAAGAGGGAGAGGGAGAGCAUAGUGCCGAUGCUGCUCAUAGCCGGAGAGACACUGGCUUGUGGCGCCGUUCUACUCAAGCGAAAAUCAUUGGUGGACAGCCUGCAAGCAUUUCUCUGCUGCCAUUUCAAGCGUCGAUUCGCAGAAAAAUCGACGACGAUCUCUUCCAUUGGUGCGGCGGAAUUCUUGUCCAUCCACAAUACGUCGUCAGUGCUGCUCACUGUGUGUUCAGCGAGGGACGGAACACCUCCGAAGCAAGAAUCGCUGCAUCUGAGUUUGUAGUGGUGCUAGGAAGUUCCUCCCUCCUGACAGGGGGACGUAGAGUUCUAGUCUCUCAGAUAUGGACUCAUCCAGACUAUAUCGUAGAGAGUAAUGGCGUGCUGGUGAAUGACGUCGCUCUGCUGAAGCUCGCGACGCGUAUGCCGAUCACUGCAAGCAUCACUCCAAUCAAGAUCGCCUUCGACGACAGAAAACUGAAGCAGUUCUCUGAUAUCGGCAUCAGCGGAUUUGGCGUCAACGAUACGCUCCUUGCGCAAGAGAGCGAAGUUCUCCGGGCCGCGACGGUGGAUUACCUCCCCACUGGGUGCGAUGGGUAUGUGCACUUCAACCCCAAGGUGAUCCUCUGCGCUGGCUGUCAAAACGGCAGCGUGGACACGUGCACCGGCGACAGCGGCGGGCCUGCGACGACCUCCUCCGCGUCAGGCGGUUGUCCUAUUCUUGUUGGCGUCACCAGCUUCGGCAGGGAUUGCGCGCUGGCCGGAUUUCCAGGAGGCUACGCGCGCAUCGCUGCCUUCGUGGACUGGCUGGAAAAGCAAGCUCAAGUGUCAUUCCGCAGCCAAUACGACAUCUCGCCUACGCGAUACUGCGACAAGUGCACUCGGCACACAACACUAUCAUGCGGAGCUGUCCCACGUUUCAACGCCACGAGGUGCCAACUGGAGGCGUGGACCGGAUUUGCAUUCAAGUUUGUCCUGCGACCGUGCUCAACGACCGGUCCGAACCGCCUCUCCGUUGCUCGAGUGGAGGCAUUCUUCCUCCCUUCCUCGUUUGGAUCCCUUAGUACCCCAAGCGGUGGUGUUUAUUUCUUGCAGGGUAGGCCGGGAGGCUCGCGCCUGGUGUCCAUCGGCGGAGUGAGAGUGACCGUUCCCCUGAGCGGCAAAGUUGUCGCUCAGAAAGGCAAGCUUGUCAAGAAAGGCGUGUGGGGCACGACGUGGCAAACGAAAAGGCAGCGGUUCCCUACGAGAGCCUGCACCAGCUUCUAUUCUUAUGUAGCGGUCUUUGUCUCCGCGGACAGACGAAUUGUUCAAGCAUCGCUCCCUGCUGCUUACUCAGCAGCCAACUGAUUUGAAAGAAGGAGAGAAGAAGAUGACAUUGUCUUCUUUCUUCUUUCUUUUUUCUUGUUUUCUUCUUUCUUCUUUGUUCUUCUUUCUUCUUUCUUUUUUCUGAUGUUUAAGAUCCUCAGCGAAAGGAAAGAUCGUGAAGGAAGGGCACUGGUACCAAAACUACUCAGCAGGCCGUUGAUCUGGAGGAGGACAUGCAAAGGACUCUCUAUUCUUUCUUCUUUCUUAGAAACUCUCAGUCUGAGAAAGCAGCAGAGAGUUUGAAGGAAGCCUACUGCUACGGUAACUGCUAUGAUAACUGCUAUGGUAACUGCUACGGUAACUGCUAUGGUAACUGCUAUGGUAAACGAACCGGUUCGUCUCUUCAAGCCCGGCCUUGCUUGUCCGGUGUCCAGACAUCGUUUUUAACCGGCGCUUGCUCAGCAGCUACGGUAACUGCUACGGUAACUGCUGUGGUAACCGAACCGGUUUCUCUUCCAGCCCAGCCUUGCUUGUCCGGCGUCCAGACAUCAUUUUUAACCGGCGCUUGCUCAGCAGCUACGGUAACUGCUAUGGUAACUGCUAUGGUAACUGCUAUGGUAACCGAACCGGUUCGUCUCUUCCAGCCCCACCUUGCUUGUCCUGUGUCCAGACAUCAUUUUUAACCGGCACUUGCUCAGCAGCUAGUUGAGGUAGAGCAAACGAAGAAGAAGAAGCCUUCCUUUCUUGGUUCUAUUCUUGGAGUCGCAGAAGAAGGGAAGAUUGUGAAGGAAGGGUACUUUACGUAAACGGUCUGCUGUUGGGAGAAUGCUCGUGGCAUACCCCCUUAGAAGGGAAGCUGAGUUUAGAGGGGGGAGGNGGGGGGGGGGGGGGGGGGGGGGGGGGGGGGGACUGGAACUUAAAAAAGUGGGGUUCUAGUUCAUGCUUCUUUGAAGAAAGGGGGGACCGGUAGAUUACUGUAAGGGGGGUUAAGCUCAAGCCUGUUUCAAGAAAAGGGGGGUACUUAACGAGCCUGCUUAAGGAAGAGGGGGGGUGCUUAAGACUGGAAUGGGUUAACUUCCAGCCUGUUUAAGGAAGGAAGGGGGGGUUGUGAAGCCUAGGGUGUGUUCAAGAUAGUCUGCCAAGAUACCAGAUAACACUUCUUUCCAAACUUUCUUCUGCCUCCUUGGGGCCCAUUCACUUGAAUGGAACAGAUCGUCAUUAUCCCUGUAUCGAGACUGAAACUUGGCCCAAAUCCGGACGGCUAUAAUCACCGUGCUUUUUCUAGUAGGCCUAAGACCAUUGCAAUUUGAAAUUUGCCCCUCCUUGGAAUUGGAAAAGCCUCUGUCAGCUAGAACUCCAAAGCUUGCGCACCAAGAUCUGCCUAGGGGAGGAAAAUGGACUUGUCUUCUAGUGUCUUCUAGUGUCUUCUAGUGUCUUCUAGUAGGCCGAAGACCUGAGUUGGGGCGUGUCUCCAUCUUCAGUUAAGAAAGAAUAAGCGGCUUCAACCGCAAUAAUCCGUGGGGCUCCACAUUCCACGAACCUGGUUGCAGUUUUGAAGACAUAGCUGUGUGCCGUCAACGUCAUCUCAGCAGCAUAACGAGACCUCAUCAUGCGGCUGUGGCCCCACUGCUACAUCGGAACGAACAAAAUCUUCUGAAAGGAGUCGGGGCUCCCGUCUGUGUGUGUGUACUCCGAGGAAUUUCAAAGUAGUUUUAAGAGUAGACUGCUGCUUAUUUGCCACGUCCGCUUUUUUUUUUUUUAAUCUUGUUAUUAUCAUUAAUAUUAUUAUUUUCUUUUUUGUCCAAGACAAGCGUUGUUGCUGCCUUUUUUCAUUGUUCUUUCACUGUGACAAUAGACUCAGUAGUCUAUUUGCUUGAGUGUUCCACUUAUGAGUCGGUCAAGCCAAUGAAGGAGGUGGUGAAGUGUACAGCGCGUAUUGUGUAUGGACUAGAUGCCCGAACGUCGGCGAUCUAAUCCACAAACACCGACGCUUCACCUCGCGUCGCGUUCCGUUGGGCUCCCAGCGGUGUCUGUGCUGGAAUAAUGCCCUAUCCGAGGAGGGAUGGGCACGUACAUUUCCGGAUUGGUGAUCUGAAUCUGGACUGUGUUCAGAGGAUCGUGAGGAAUGCAAACUUUGUGAGCGGGAAGGGAUGGAAGAGACUUUCUUCCAGAAUGACGGGUAUACAGACUUUGUAAAUGGGAAGAGAAAGAAGAAUUGCGGAUCCGAUUCGCCCAAGUGGAAUACGAGAGGGGGAAAUUGGAUUACCAUGGCAAGUGGAAUGUGCGAGGACGGGUCGGGUGUGCCUAUGCACACUACCCAUGGCAAGCAUAAGGACACCAGAAAGUUUCGGCCCAUCCGUCCUACAUUUGAUGAUGAGCCAUCGAUCAAGCUGUGCGUAAGCGGGUGGCACAGGCGAUUAAUAACUGUUUGUUGUUUUCGUUGUCGGAAUCGAGUAAUUUCAAUCUGAAAUCAGUCUCGCAGAUGAAAUCGAUGCUGGACUAAGAUCAACUAGAGACCAGAGAUUGGUGAGAAGCGGUUACGGUAGGAAUGUGAGGGCGGUGGGAGGCUGGGAGAUUCAUUUGACAUUAAGGAUAUGUUUAACAGACUCCGACAUGUUCCCACAUUUGUCAAGCUAUGGAAGGGUGAUUUCACUGAUUUGGUUUAGCGAAAUUUAGGCCCUUUGGGGGGGGAGGGGGGGGGGGGGGAGAAGGGCUUUUGUGGCCCAGGAGUGUUUGUUAAGAAGAGAGGAAGAGAGGGGGGCAAAGUGGAGGAUGCCAAGGGAAAGGACAAGGAGGGUUUCAAUUUGAUGAGCUUCCAGCAUAUCUUGGACGACGUGGCAUUUGAAUUGAAGUGUUGUGCUUUACGAUGGAGUUUGUGGCAUCCUGAUAAAGCAGGUGAUUGGGA